UUAGACUGUGGGCUGACACCUGAAAAUCACCCGUUUCGUGACCCAUCAUUUAGCACCACACUUUGUCAGCUGUAAUAUUUUCUUAAAAAUAAGCAAAUACAUCUGAAACCACUUGCCAAUCCCAACUCUUACAAAAUAACAUGAAAAUGAAUAAAAACUAUCCAUGAUUAGUGUAUAUGAAUAUUAGUGAACAGCAUGCAUAUGGACCCUACACACACACAGCAAGCCCAUGUACAUAUGCAUGCAUGUUGUGUUGUGUGUACGUGUGUGUAGCUUCUCUAUGUAUGGGAAGUAGACAGUCCAGUAUACAGUGCAUGCAAACUGAGCAGGCUCGUACAAUGAUUCAGGUUGGUUGUCCUACAUAAAUAUUGUAUGUGUGCUGUAUACAUGUAGCCUAGCAUGUAAACAACAUGGACAAGGAUGGAUGUGAAGGCUUCUCAAUCAAUAUCUGCUACCAAAAAGGCCUUUUGUUGUAUGCAUUUAUGUUCUGAUCAAGAUGGAAAAGUCAUAGUUUUUCAGUCUAGAGGAUGGUCCAAGUUUCUGAACUGUUGCCUUCGCUGGAUCAAGAUUUCUGGUUCAAGAGAAGCUGAUAUUGCAAGAAAGACUGCCAAUCAAUUGAGCAUAGACCUUAAUAGCCCAAAUGUUGAAGAUACACCUCUACCAAAAGACUGCUACGCUGGUUAUCAUCUUGGGUGCUACCAGACUUUUUGUCAUGUCGGAAAGAUUCAGAGGGCAGAGUCAAGAAAGAGGAAAUGUGAUGAAAGUGAAGAUGCUGAUGUUGAAUCUUCAACAGAAGACAUCGAUGUCCCAUCGACAUCUGCUCCACCCAGGAAGCUUCUACGCUCCAGUGUGUCCCCAACAAAGUCUCGCAAUGUCCUUCCUAAAGAGUGCAUCAUCUGUAGGAAAAUGCGAUGGCUCACUGACAGGAUUAGUAGUAAGAGGUAUCCUAUCCCACUGGUUAUGUGUGAGCGGAUAAAUGCAGCAAAUUUUCUGCAAGCAGCUGAAAAACGGAAACAUUCACGCAUAUUAACCCAGAUACGUGGGAAGGACAUGGUUGCUGUUGAAGUCCGGUAUCACAAACUUUGUUACCGUGAGUUUGUGAGAUGCGUCUCUAAAGAAGAUCAGCUUGACACGGAUGCAGAAAGUAUGCACUUGUAUAGUGCAUCAUUCAGUGAACUCGCUUCAAUUGUUCAAAAGAGAAUUGUUCAAGGCAAGGAACUCCUUCGUCUGACAACUUUGAAACAGAUGUUCAUUAAGAUUGCAAAAAGAGUAGAGGGAGUAGAUGUAUCUGGGUACAAAACAUCAAGACUCAAAAAGCUGCUUAAAGAUGCAUUCCCUGAGCUUCUCUUUGUGUCACCACGGAAGAAGAAUGAGAGCGACAUUGUUAUGACAUCGGAGAUGGAGGCAGAAGCCUUAGCAGAACAGGCAGUUCAAGACCAGUCCACCAGCACAAGUGAAGACUCGCAAUCAUCAUGUGAUGACGAACCCAAACAGAUUUCUACUGACGCCCAACAUGGGCAGCUUCGUACACUUUUCCAUGCAUCACAGAUCCUCAAGGAGAGCAUUCAGUCUGCAUGUACCAAGCAUCGAGAGCAAGUCAAGUGGCCUCCAGUUGCAAGUGACCUUUCUCUCCAGUCUGCCGAGGAAGCAACUCCAAGCAUGUUAUUCAACUUCUUGUCCUGGGUUGUAGAUGCAUCAGAAGAUUUAGAACUGUCAGGUUUUGUAAGAACAGGUGUAGAUGAAAAGAGAAAGUUACUAUCUAUUUGUCAAGAUGUAAUGUAUAUGAAUUGUAAGGGUAAAGUAAUCUUUCCUAAACACUCAUCACUAGCCAUGACAGUUAGACACAUGACAGGGUCAGCAAAGCUGAUUGGCAUUCUGAAUGGCCUCGGACAUUGCACGUCACAUUCGAUGGUCUUAGAGCAUGACACUGCCCUUGCCACAAAGCAGCUUUCAAGAGGAGAUGAAGUUUUGCCAGAAGGUGUGACACCAAAGUUCACCACGCUAGUCUGGGACAACAUUGAUUUCUCAGAAGAGACCAUAUCAGGAAAGGGAACAACGCAUUCCACUAAUGGUAUUCUGAUCCAGAGUGGAAAACCUGAGGUAGUGAAUGACCAACGCCCAUCUGUCCCAAGAUCCCAUAAACGGUCAAUUACUGCCCCUGCUUCAUCCCUUGUAUCAUACUUUGGUUCAGGGAAGAAGGGUCCAGCACCGUUCGGGCAAGACCUGGACAUAACAGAAAACCGUAGAGAAUCAUAUCUGCUGUCGGCAAAGAAGAAGGAACUAGCGUUCCGCCUAUCUCGCAUUCAAGGACAAAGAGGUUCUUUACUCCCAAGCUGGACUGGAUAUAACACACAGUUGGACCAAGCAAAGCCAAAAAUAUCCAGUGUAUACUAUCUUCCAGCCAUUGAUGCCUCGCCCACUCUAAUGGACACGAUCAAUACAAUUCUAGUGAAGAGCGUAAAGAUAUGCACCCUCCUUCAGCAAGAGUCCAUCGUCAUUGUCUGUGAUCAGGCCAUUUACAGUAAGGCCCAGCAAAUACGCUGGAAAGAUGACCACCUCAUGGCUAGAACUGUCAUCAGAAUGGGAGAGUUUCACACAAGCAUGAAUUUCCUUGCAAGUCUUGGGAAACGUUUCAGAGAUGCUGGACUACAAGACAUAAUCAUUGAGAGUGGACUUGUUGCUGAAGGUUCUGCAAAUGGAGUUCUUUGUGGGCGUCAGUAUAACAGGAGCAUAAGGAUGCACAAAAUCGUUAGCGAAGCGAUGGAACACUUGCGUUGGCAGGCAUUCAUCAAAUCCCAUGAUGGUGAUGAAGAACAAGAGGAAGCAUCCAACACUGUGGAAAAGCUGCAAGCUACUUUCCCAUCACUCCUCCACAAGCAACUUGUGAAUGAUGAAGAGUUUGGCAGCUUACAAGCAAGGUACGAAAAGUUUGUAGUGGAAAAAUCUUCUUCGCCAACAUUUGCCUUCUGGUCCUCCUAUAUAGACAUGGUAGAGCACCUGCUUCUCUUCAUCAGAGCAACAAAAGAAGGAAAUUGGUUGUUGCACUUGUCUUCUGUGAGAGGACUGCUUCCAUGGUUUUUCGCAUAUGACCACAUCAAUUACUCGAGAUAUCUACCAGCCUAUUGGAUGGAAAUGAAGCAACUCCCCGAGACUCAUCCAUCUGUUCACAAUGCAUUCCUCGAAGGCCAGUUUGCUGUCGUUCGCCAAGACAGGCAUGGAUUUGCUGGGAUUCCUGGGGACCAGACAAUCGAGCAAACAAUCAACAGAGACACGAAGACUCAGGGAGGAGUAAUAGGGUUUAGUAACUCCAGAGGUUCCUACCACAGAUGGGUAUUGUCUCAUCAUAUUAGAGCAGCCAUACAGCACCAGUGUGCAAGCAUGGCUGGGAAGAGUGAUUCGUCAGCCGCAGUCAAAGAUCUCCAGCAGCACCGUAUCAAGAAAGAUAACGAGGACAUUCAAGCUGUCUGUGAUACGAUUGAGAAAAUGGUAAACCCAUUUGAGGAAACCAGUGACUGUUUGUUACAUAUAUCAUCCGGCAUUGUUGCUACAGAAGAGGUUAAGAAUGACUUGCUACUUGCCCAUAGCCGCGGUCAAUGUGAAACCGAAGAAUAUCUUCAAGAGAGACUUCAGUCAGGGACCAAAGACCUGUUCAUCACAAUCAAACAGAAAAAACUCAAAACCUUCACAACAAUGAAGAAGAAGGAAGCAUCAAAAAAGCUAUGUAAACAGGGAAAAACAUCUGCCGAUAAGAGUAUGUUGGCCAAACUGCUUAUUGCUUCCCGGAGUCGAGACAUUGACAUCCAAGAUCUGAUGAGGUACACACUAACAACUUAUCCUUUGGCCUUGGGAACAGACGAAGGGAACUUGGUUAAAACCAACAAAGCCAGUUUGCUUCGACAUUUUGAAGGAAAAAGUGUUUCAGGUUCAGAUGAACCAGUUAUCCCAAAAGGAACAGUUUGGGUGGUUGAUGGAAUGGCCCUCAUUCAAGAAAUGGGUGGUCGCAUUUCGUCAUUAAUGACCUUUGGGAAUCUUGCUGACUGUAUCCUCAAAAAGCUCAUAGGAUUGGCUAAUAAUUUGUACUCCAACUCGAUCCACUUUGUAACUGAUCGAUACCCGUCCAUUUCAAUAAAAGGUGGAGAGCGAGGCAAACGAGCAGCCGGAGGAACAGAGAGGAUAAAGAUCUACAGCAAAGACCAGCCUAUCCCUCUUCAGUGGACGAAAUACAUCGCAUGUGGUGCAAACAAGGAGGAAUUAGUGGAGUUCUUGUUCAACACAUGGAGACAAACCAGUCCAGAUGAGUUUAAGAAUGUGGAAGUAUUUCUAGCUCAUGGAACCACAUGCCAUUCUCUCUGCCCUCAGAAUGGGGAAUUAGUCGUUUGUGAUAUACCAGACCUCCACGCAGACCACGAAGAAGCAGAUACUCGGUUACUUCUUCACUGUGCGUAUGCAUCGCAAAGACAGGCUUCCUCAGAAGAUGAGACACAAAAGGCAGUCAUUAUAAGGAGCCCUGAUACUGAUGUCUUCAUCAUUGCCCUUGCUUUGGUUGGAAACAUUCAAAGUCGUGUUCUCUUUCACACUGGACGAGGAACUCAGGCUCGAACUAUAGAUUUGACAUCACUCUCAGAGGAUUUAGGUACUGAUGUUACCAAUGCCUUAAUAGGGCUUCACUGUUUUACAGGGUGCGACUCUGUAAGUGCAUUCUAUGGCAAAGGUAAAAUCAAAGCUCUUAAGUUAAUGUUGGAGGAGAGGAGAUUUGUACAGGUAUUUGGUGAAGUAGGACAACAUUUUGAAUUGUCUGGAAACCUGAAUGAGAAACUAGAAGAAUUUGUCUGUGCUCUGUAUGGACGCAAGGAAGAAAAAAGUAUCAAUCUAGUGCGGUACAAUAUGUUCAGGUUAGAAUGCAAGUUUGAACAUUCACUUCCCCCUAAUCAGGACUCAUUGCAUGAGCAUGCUAAGCGAGCCAACUACCAGGCUGCUAUUCACAGGCGAGCCACAAACAAGUUAAUAAAUGCCCCGAAUCCAACAUGUUGUGGUUGGGCAAUGGAAAAGGGUGACCUUGUCAUCAAAUGGGGAAACCUUCCUCCUGCACCAGGAAACUUUCUUGGGCAGUUGAAGUGCAAGUGCAAAAAGAGUCAUUGUAGUACAAGACAGUGUGAAUGUCGUAAAAAUAAGAUACCGUGCACUGAUAUGUGCAAUUGUGAAAGAUGUGAAAAUCAAGUUGCUAACACUGCUGAAGAGCAAGAAGAAGAAGAGGAAGAAGAAGAUGAAGAUAAUGAAGACUCUGAUUUUGAGUAAGAAGGAAGGGUGUCAUUGUUGAAAAACAAUCCAGUGAAUAAGUUCAUUUAGUUUAAUAUUUCGACACCUUGUAAAUUACUUGUUGGUACAUGUAUGUUGUAUUAAUAGUAUUUAUUAUUCAUAUUGCUUUUGUGUUGCAAUUUGAUGCUCCACAGCUGCAAAUGGGAUUAGAAGUUGAAAUAAUAAUACAUUUGUUAAAAUAGCAUAUGUUCCACAUAUCAUUUUCAUCAUGUGAAAUUAUUUUCUUGUGAAUUAUUCCAAAGGUUAAAUGGUAGAAGAAAUGGGGGACUCAGAUGAUAUGUUGUGUCAUUGAAAAGGAUGCAGCAAAGGAUUUUAUUAAGUUUCAUAAAACUUAAUAAUGCGUUUAUAUUGACAAGAAGUGUUGGGUGAUCAAUACAUUUUGAUGCUGCAUAGCCGGGGAAAAGUAAUAGCAUGGGCUACUAGUAUCCGAUUUGGAAAGCAUGUAUCAUUUGCUGUAUGAUAUUUGUGUGUCCCUGAUUUAUUCUUGUGAAUUUUUCAGAUUUUGUUUCUCCAUAACUUAUUUUCAUGCAUCCUCAUUGAACACCAACCUACUUUUGAAGCAUAUUUUUACAAAUGACUGAAAUGAUUUCACUUAAAUUCUCUUACUGCGUUACAUUACAGAUUGGUGUGUAAAUGAUUGUUAUACAUGUACACUUCAACUAAAAUGAACUCAAAAGUAUGAGAAAUUCCUGUUUAUACAAUAACUGCAGUUACGUUGUAUGAUGUAUUGCAGUAUUUUAAAGAUACGAAUGGGGAUUGAUUAAAUGUUGUUGCUCAUGUGUAAAACUCCAUUAUAUAACACAGUGAGACAUUCACUUGUAAUUUGUGUAGCAUUGUAUUGAAAUUAUUUGUCCCCUCUAGAUGAAAUGGGAAAUUUUGCAAGAAUGUGAAUACGAAAACCCAAAGCAAAGAACAAAUAUUGUAUUAUGCUUAUUAUAACUUGAAAUGUAAGUACAUACAGUGUUCACUUUAUGUCUGAGAGGAAAGUCAAUACAUGUAUUUCUUAUUUUUCUUUAUUAAUCACCUGGAGGAAGUGUUAAAUGAUCAGAUAGUGACAACCGUUCCUAAAUGUAGGAGGGCACCAACUGGUGGUAUGAAUUGGACCUGUGCAAGAUGGGUCUUAAUAAGAAUGUCCAGUAUGCUUUUUGAUACUAGUACAUGUUAACUUAUCUAUGUAUAGGACUUGUUUACACGUAUGUCCUCAAUCCAGCUACUGUAUACAACAUGAACACAUACUUUUUAUGCUAAGAUCUGUAUAUUUCAGAAAAGUUUUUUUGUCAACAUUUAUGUAAAUAUCCUCACUUACAUGUACAAGUGAUUAUUAGUGUUUUCACUUGUCAAUAUGAGUAUCUGGUUUGUGAGGUGUUUUUUUUUUCUUCUUCACUAAGUAUGCUAAGCAUUACAAGUACCGGUAUGGAAAUUGAAAUGCAGUGAACAGUGCAGAGUGCCAAACAGACAUCCGUAAAAGACAUGUUAUCACUUCUCUCAACCUUUUUGUGGGGGGUGGAAUAUUUUUAACCAUUUAAAGUUUAUCAUCUUUGCUCUUUGCCAAAGAUUUUUUUCUCUCUGUUGAACAAUCGAUGGGACACCAAAACAAGCAAAUAUGAAUCAUCAUUGUCAAGUAUAUUACAUGUAGCACUGACAUAAAAUGAAAUUAUUUUGUUUGUAAAAGAAAUUUGAAAGCAUGCUUCAAACUCAUAAGUCUUGUGAGAAUUAAAAAUGCCAAAUGAAUGUGUAAACAAAUCAAA